UGUGUGCGGCUCUGAUUACCGCAAGCAGCAGCACAGGGAUCUGAAGCGUGCCUCUCAUUGGACGGUAGUGAUGGGGGCGGAUUUACGCUGACGUUGCCCAUACGCGGGAUUAACUUGUUUUCUUUAUAUCGCCAUAUCUGUCACAUUUUACACCUCGUAGCCCGAUCAGCUGCAGAUUGUUUGCGAAAGCUACGCGUUGUGUUCGUGCAGCCUGACACCGUUGUGCUUGGAGAGGUUGCGGAACACCGCGGAUGGCUAAAUGAAGAGCAGAAGUCGGUAUGAGGGCACUGCGCUGAUGUCCUGUCACACAGAUGGGGGCCGACGGCAGUAAAAACAGGAAGAGGCCUUCCGAAGGGCAGGAGAAUGAGCACUUAUCUUCUGGAUGGCGCGGCUUCCUCUCAAACAUUGGCCUGUCUGUCCCAGCAGGCCUGUGUCGCCUUGCCCCGUCUGCCCUUCAUCUGGGCCAGCGUCGAAUGCUCCAGGGCAAAGCCCCCGAGAUCCCUGACCACGUCUUGAGGCUGGCAGGAGUUGGCCCCCACAAGCUGAGAGCGGAGUGGAGCCUCCCGGGGUUCAUUACCAUGUUCCUGCCCGAAUUCCCCCACAGAACUGUGCCUGGCCACGAACACUUUCAGGUGUUGGGCUACAUCGCCAAAGGUUCAUUUGGACCCAUCUUGAAAGUGAAGGACAAGGUCAAACAGAAGACAUACGCCGUUAAAGUCAUACCUAAAGCAGAGAUUUUAAGACUCGGGGUCUUGGAGCAGUCAAAGGAAGAAGUUGUAGUCCAGCGUCAGGUGCGCCACCCAUUUGUCCAUGACCUCCAGGACUGCUGGCAGACACAGCGCCACGUCUACAUUAUGUGUGACUACUGCAGCACAGGAGACCUCUACACCUACUGGCAGAUGAUUGGUCAGUUCCCAGAGGACACGGUGCGAGUGUUCGCUGCAGAGUUGGGAUGUGCGCUUGGUUUUCUGCACGAUUUUGGGGUGAUCCACAGAGAUGUGAAGAUGGAAAAUAUCCUGCUGACAGACAAUGGACACAUCCGGCUAGCUGACUUUGGUUUGUCUCGUCGCCUGGAGAGAGGGGGAAGAGCCUUUACCAUCUGUGGAACCAUCCAAUAUAUGGCUCCAGAGGUGCUGAGUGGUGGGCCCUACAACCAUGCAGCUGAUUGGUGGUCGCUGGGAAUUCUGCUUUUCUCACUGGCUACUGGGAAGUUCCCGGUGGCUCCUGAACCAGACCACUGCAGCAUGUUGAGGAAAGUGAGGAGCUUCCCCUAUGAGAUGCCCCUCAGCCUCAGCUCCCCACUGGCCUUGCUAAUAACAGAGCUUUUAUGCAAGACUCCCUCGCGCCGCUUGAGGACGCUUGAUCGUUUCCAGCGGCAAACCUUCUUCCGCGGAUCAACUUUUGACCUCGACCUACUGCAGCGUCAGCCCAUGGAGGUGAUUCUGGAGCUGCGGGAGAGACCGGACCGAGCGGCCAAAGCUCGACGAGGCCUGACUUUGUCUCUACAGCCUCUCAAAGGCUUUGACUACGACUCGCUCCUCAGCCCACCCGCCACGCCACACUCGCAGCUGGAUCCCAGCACAAACACUCACACAGCUGUACCGCUGCCUGGCCCAGCACUCCCACCCCAUCCUGCUCAGGAAAAAGGUCCACGCAGAGAAGUGUUUGUUUGACAGACACUGAGUUUACAGUGUAAAGGCCUACAUUCGUAUAUUUCUACACAUUUGUUCACCCUUGAACUGGUGCGCCUUUAAAAAUUUUCUAAACUUUAAAAUUACUAAUAAUAUAAUUACUAAUAUUAUUAAUAGAAAUCACCUUUUUUUUUCUCCACGCAUAUCAAUGAGUUUUAUGUUUUGUGACGUGCUUAACACAAGUUCUUCUUCCUUUAUGUGUUUGCCUUUCUCCGCUGCACACAGUUUCUUGCACACUUGUUUGCCCAACAGUUGUGCAAGAAAGAUUGCACUAUUGUGCAUCCACUUUCCAGUAAACCGUCAUGGCUGCCGUUUUAAAACAUAGUGGACAAAUGCUGUCAAAUUCACCCCAUGUGGAAAUGUCAUGCUUGUUGAUCAUAAUAUUCUAGAUCAUAAUAUUUUUUGUUUUUUUGUUUUAAGAGUGCAAACCAUAGUUAUCCUUUCAGCUAGGUGAGUUGAUUUCAAAAUCUCUGCUGUUAUUUUCAUGUUGCAAGAUGUUGCAGUUAUUUUAGCAGAAGCGGAUGGAAGACUCGUUGCCUCAAUCUGUGCUACUUUUACUUUGAAACAUAUUCUGUACCUUUGCUCAUGCCACGAUCUGACCUUUCCCAAACCUGACCUUGGCUACAUCAUCUCCUCGAGCAAGUGACACAGUAUCAGGUUCAAAUGUGUAUGCCUUCAACACCUUAUUUAGCUUCAUCAUUUAUAACCUACGUCUCAGGGGAGUGCUCGCUGGUUUUCCCAUCCAGCCUUGAUUUUUGACUCCAAGAUGGCACCUAGCUGUGCAGAUCAGAGCUGGGACUGGAACCGCAGUACCGUUUACCUCCAGUUAACAUUUUGAUAGAUACAGGGCUUUUUCUACUGUCUGAGGAUGUGGUAAGCCCUUGCCAGUAAUCUCACCUUUAUGCACUUACCUGCUCAUCUGAUUAUAAUGUAAUUUUUUUUUUUUUUUGUAAAGUAUACCCUAAUGUGUGCCCAGAAUGCCUCGUGUGUGAUCCUUGACCUUUCUUUAUUUCUGCUCACCGAAUGCUCAUGUAUAUAUUCCUGUUUAUAAAGUUUAUAUGACUUUUUUUUAAUACUCUUUGAUGUUUAUAUGUUAUGUUAUGAUGUAUUUUUGUAAUUGUCAUGUAGCAUAGAUGGAAUAUUAAACUCUGACUGUACAAA